AUGAAUUUACUAGAACACGAUCCUUGGAAAUUAGAGACAUCUGAAGAGCAUACAAAGCCAGCAAGUUCGAAUAUUUUCUCAGAACCAGUUACAGAAUUCAAUGAACUAGCAGGUACAUUAAAUACGUUAAAACUUAACCAAAGCAAUGGAAAUGAGGAUAGCUGGAAUGUAACUCAACAUGCCAACAUUUUGGCAACAAGUAAUGAAUAUCAAGAUGAAAAUGCUUCAAAAAAAACAGAUAAAACUAAUGUUCUUGAUACUGGUGAUGAAAAUAAUGAAUGGUUAGAAUGGAUUACUAAGAUAAAGAAGAAUUAUAAUCCAUUAUCAUACGAUUUAGUGGAGAUAGAGGAAAUUCCAGAAAGGGAAGGUGUACUAUUUAAACACACAAAUUAUUUGAUAAAAUACAUGAACCCAACAUCUAAUGCAAGUUCAAGUGUGAUCAGAAGAUAUUCUGACUUCAUAUGGUUACAAGAAAUCUUGAUUAAAAAAUACCCCUUUAGGAUGAUUCCUGAAUUGCCUCCAAAAAAAAUGGUUGCAGCUAAUUCAAAUAAUGAUGUUUCAUUCAUGGUUAGAAGGAAAAAAAGUUUAUCAAGAUUUCUAAAUCUAUUAACAAAACAUCCUUUCAUGAAAGAUGAUGUUUAUUUGAAUAAAUUUUUAUCUUUAGAGAAAGAUAUAAAUAGUUGGAAGAAGCAAGUUGAGGAUGAACAAAUACCGGAUGAAUUUAUGGACAAACAAUAUUCUCAAAGUUUUAAAAAGAUAUGGAAGAAAGAAUAUGCAGAAAAUUGGAAUACGGCAAAUAACUCGAUUGAUACUGUUAUCGAAGUAUGGAAUAAAAUAGGUGUUAUAUUUGAGAGGCAAGAAAAAAAAAUAGUUCAAAUGGCUCAUGAACGAUCUAUUUUACAUAGCAUGAUUAAUAAACUAAUUGAUAAUACUCCAAAUUUGUAUCCAAUCGAAUUAGAUAAUACCAUUCUGGAUAUUAACAAUAAUUUAUCAAUGGUCAAUUCAAAUGUUAAAAAGACAAUUAGUGUUUACGAUGAGGAAUGCAAAGAAUUUGCAAAUUCAAUUAUUCCAACUUUCAAAAAAUAUAUUGAAAUUUUAAGUUCUUUGAAAAAUCUAUUUGAAAGGUACAAGAUAAUGGGAGGGAAUAACAUAUUACAAUUAUACAAACACGUUGAAAGUAAUAUGGGUAGACUAGAAAAUAUGAAAGGUAAGCCUGACGUGAGUGGUGCGGAAUAUGAUAGAUUAAAAAAUACCAUUUUAUAUGACAAAAAGUUAAUAUUAGAACAGACGAACCGGUUAUGGUUAAUAAGGGAAUGCAUUAUGGAAGAAUUUCUUAUCUUUCAGAAAUCACAAUUUUUGAUUUCAUCAUCCUUUAAAAGUUGGAUUAGAGUUAACUCUAAUUUUACUGGAAUGGAAAUGAACAAUUGGGAAGUACUGAUGAAUCAACUAAUAGAUCUUCCAAGUCCUUAA